CGCUCGCACGGUAGUGAUACGGGCCGUGCUAUCAGCCGCUCGUUGCCUUCAUGAUAAGUGUCUUUUAACUCUUUUGCAACAAAACACCGAUAGAACGCGACGCACCACGAUAGGACCACGCUGCGACCAUCGAUCAAACGAUCAUCUAGAUACGGGUACUGCGCAUAUUCGUUGGACCUCUGACAAAGCAACGCAUCACAAUGUCACGUUCAAUACUGGACGAGUCUCCGAACGCGGCCUUAGACAAAACCCUGCUGAACAGAUAUCUCGAUCUGCCUCAACCGGAAGAUAAAAUUCAAGCAAAGUACAUUUGGAUCGACGGUACCGGCGAAGCGUUGCGAAGCAAAACCAGAACGGUGGAUUUCGUGCCGAAACACCCGUCAGAGUUACCGAUUUGGACAUACGAUGGUAGCUCGACGUAUCAGGCGGAUGGAGCGAAUAGUGAUAUUUACCUUUGCCCGGUAGCGAUCUACAACGAUCCAUUUCGCCGUGGUAAUAACAAGCUGGUGCUCUGUGACACUUACCACAGCGACAAGACACCGACGGCGUCGAAUAAACGUUUCACAGCGAAUAAGGCAAUGGAAAUGGUCAAGGAUCAAGACCCUUGGUUUGGAAUCGAACAGGAGUAUACUUUCCUGGAUGUCGACAAUAGGCCGCUCGGUUGGCCGAAACACGGGUACCCGGGACCUCAGGGACCGUAUUAUUGUGGCGUCGGUGCCGACAAAGUGAUCGGUCGUGAAAUCGUCGAAGCCCACUACCGAGCUUGUCUUUACGCAGGCGUGAAAAUCGCUGGUACGAACGCUGAGGUAAUGCCGUCGCAGUGGGAGUUCCAAGUCGGUCCUUGUAGCGGUAUCUCCGCUGGUGACGAUCUAUGGAUCGCCAGAUUUAUCCUUCAUCGCGUGGCCGAGGAGUACGGCGUGGUCGUUACUUUGGAUCCAAAGCCUGUGGAGGGUUCGUGGAACGGUGCCGGCGCCCAUACGAAUUUCUCGACGAAAGCAAUGCGCGCCGAGAACGGUAUCGCCGCGAUCGAGAAAGCUAUCGAUAAAUUGAGCAAACAACACCUCAGGCACAUUCAGGCGUACGAUCCGCGCGGUGGGAAGGACAACGAGCGUCGUUUGACAGGGAAAUGCGAAACCAGUAGUAUACAUGAUUUCAGCGCCGGUGUAGCCAAUCGUAACGUUAGCAUUCGUAUCCCACGUGGUGUUGCCGAGGAGAAAAAGGGCUAUUUGGAGGACAGGAGACCCAGCAGCAAUUGCGAUCCUUACUCUGUCUGCGAUGCCCUCGUGCGUACCUGUAUUCUGAACGAGUAAAAUGAUCCAUCUCGACGAUGGUACUGUGCAUAAAGGGAGGAUUCGGACGACGAAUUUGUACUGCAAUAGUGAUUGCACCUUUAUCGAGAACGCGUUCUAUGCGAGUUAAAGGCCUGCUAGUUAAAAUUGAUAUUUAGUACGAGAAAAAAAGACGUACCUUGAAUGUGGAGAGAGGGGAUCGUUCAGAAACAGUUUGCAUUAGAAACUAUACUAUGUCGAAAGCAAAGUAAAUAAAAUCGUUUUGGACCAUUCGUCUAUGCUGGUUUAAAAUCGGUAUUAGAGUCUCGUAUAUAAGUACCUAGAAAUAAAGAGAAGAGGAAAUGUAAAGACGAAAGAGUCACUCGACGUGAAUAAUUUUUUAUUGUCCAAAUACAUGUUACAAAAUUGUCGCAAAUCAAGCAUCCUAUAAUUCGUAUUUUAUGCUUUCAAAAAGUACUCUAAGGUCGUUAAGUAUCUAUAUAGCUCAAUAUCUAGCAAAGGUUGAUUUUAGGGUGUUCCUGUGCACGUAGCAUUAAAGCUUAUUAUUACGUCUACCUAUUUAAUUUGAUAAUCUUGUAGCAACAGCGACAAUAAAGAUAAACGUAUCGUUUAACAUUAUUCCGUAGACAUUGCAAAACUGACAUUAUUCAUUAACUUUAAAUCAUUUUGGUGUUCACGUUCAGGUAAAUUAAAGGUGUAGCUGCAGCAACAUAAAAGCAUGACUUUGUAUGCUGUUUACAAAUUUCUUUCAUCAAAGAACUAUAAUGGUUACAGUAAAGUCAAAGGAAACUUGUAGUCCGUGCGUUUUUCAAUCCUAGAAAGCGAUUCUGACGUCGCUUAAUUUGAUUGUAUUAGAAUAUUACGCGAUAUAGUGAAACGAAAGAAAAGUUGAUGUAGCAUGUACAUGGUGUAUUUUCAUAUUUAUAUGGUAUAUUUUCAUAUCUGUAUUUUCUAUGCUGGCUCCUUUAAUGUAAUUGUAUACCAUGACCAUUGUUAACAGUUUUGUUGAUAGUGGUUAUCGUUGUUGUUAUAGUAAUAGAAGGCGACGUUUUGGAUAAUGAAUUACUAUUCUCCUAUUAGCGUGGAACAUUCAUUUUGUUACAUUAUAAAAUAAAGAAUUCUAUGAA